AUGGUUUUAAGGAUUGCCGUCUUCAUUCACGCUUUGUUCAUUGCUGGAAAGGUCACCUCCAAGAAAGGUGUCAAAUGUGGAGGAAUCCUCUCUGCCAGCAGUGGCAACGUGUCGAGCCCUAAUUUUCCAGGCUUGUACCCUUAUGACACCGAAUGUACUUGGCUGAUAGUGGUCUCUGAAGGCUCUUCUGUACUGUUGACUUUUCAUCACUUUGAGCUGGAGUACCACACAGACUGCGCUUAUGACUACAUCAAGAUAUACAACGGCAUAUCUGAGGAUGAAGGAAACCUCCUGGGGAAAUUCUGUGGAGAUGUUUCUCCUCCUCAGUUCAGCUCGUCCUGGAACGUCAUGUCUAUCAUCUUCCAUUCAGACCGCCAUGUUGCACGCAAGGGUUUCUCGGUGGGAUAUAGGAAAGAUAUGUGUGGUGGAGUUUUGACCGGUCUUUCGGGGGUCAUCGCAAGCCCAGGUUAUCCACAAGACUACAGCAACAAUGCAGAGUGCUCCUGGACUGUACACGUGUCCAAUCAGAGUCUGGUCAGCCUGGUGUUUCUCGACUUCCAGUUGGAAAACAACGAGGGCUGCAACUUUGAUUAUGUGGCUCUUUUCGAUGGCCCCACCGUUAAACACCAUCACCUGGGUAAUUACUGCGGCAACGAGCAACCUCCCAACACCAUCACCACAUCAAACCAACUGCUGGUGGUCUUCAAAUCGGAUUUCAACAUCGGAGGGAGAGGUUUCAAAGCCUAUUACUUCUCAGGAGAGUGCCAGCAGUUUCUCAAAGACAUCAGUGGGAACUUUACUAGCCCUCACUAUCCAAACAUCUACCCCAACAACAUCAACUGUCACUGGACCAUCACUCUAGCAGCCGGCUACAGGGUCAAGCUAUUUUUCCCCUUUCUGGAGCUUGAGGAUCGGAACAGCCUGACCAGCAUGUGUGACUAUGACUCGGUGGCCGUGUAUGAUGGAGACAGCGAGGCAGACAGUGUGUUGGGUCAGUGGUGCGGCAGUGAACAGCCUCCAUCUUUGACCUCCAAGGGAAAUAAACUAUUGGUCGUUCUCAACACUGACCGGAACUACGCUUUUAAGGGCUUCACGGCUUCCUAUUUAGGGGUGGUGCCAGUCAAUAUAAGCUGCACCAGGACGGAGUUUCAGAUUCAGAUCUCCAGACAGGCUUUACCUCAGCUGGAACGUGAAAACAUUUACCUGGGGAAUCCAUCCUGCUCGGCCCAACUCACAGAAACAUCCUACAAAAUUCUAGGCCGCUUUGUCAACUGUGGAACUGCCGCACAGAAACGUCAAAACAUCACCAUGCUGGUGAACUCGCUGUACAUUGACGUUUCUGAUGGUCCACAUCAGAACAUUCAGGAGUACGAGGUGCAGUGUGACGCCCAGAGGAAGGUGGCCAUGAUCAACAUCAUCUCGGCUGAAGAGCGAAACCGGCUCAAUGAACUUGCCCGUCUGGCCGAGCAAUCGAACAACAAAAGCAUCAGUAAAAAAAGCGAACCACACGAGACGAGCGACAUCAUCUUCAUCAGCAUCUGUGUUCUGGCCGUCAUCCUCAUGCUAAUUGCUAUUGUGUGGCUGGUGCUCUUAUAG